GCUGAUUUAGGUGACACCAAAAUAAGCUUUUGUUUUGUUCGCGCCUUUUUUUUAGAAAACAUCCCAAAAAUCGUGAUAAAUGGGAGAUACCGGAGAUACCGAGGAAUUAGUGACAAAUGGAUACGACAGCAAUGAGGAAGAGGAACCAAUAACAGCUCAAAAAGUGUUGGAAAUCUUAGAGAAGGCAUGGCAAAAUGAAAAACUUGCUCCGGACAUUCUACCCCAGCAGACAGAAAUGCUGGAUUUAAUGAUGGGCCAGCUGUCCUACAUGGAGGAGAGUACAAAACAAUUGGACAAGAAUGAUUUCCGUUCUGUGGCACAUAGAAUGGAAUUGGAGAGGAUACGCUAUCUCAUUGCAAGUUACCUGCGUUGCCGACUCAGCAAAAUUGAGAACUUCACUCAGGCAAUCAUCAACGAUGAGGAAUCCAGGAGUUUGCGGGAUAAACGACUCUCCGAUGAAGAAGCUGCCUUUGCAAGGGAGUACCUUAGUAAUGUGGAAACACAUUUUCAGCAGCUAGUUCUGCGACACCUUCCGCGUAGCUUUCCGGAUGAUCCCCGGAAAAGAAUUGUACAGCCCAAUGUGGAUAGCCAUGUCUUUAUCAGAGCAAAUGAAAAUGUUGACGGGGUAGUUGUACGGGAUGAUGAAGAAGAAGUUGACCUGGAGUCGGGAUCUCAACAUAUUGUAAUAUAUAAAUUAAUUGAAGAACUCGUAAUGAAAGGAAAAGUAGAUUUGAUUUAAAAUUUUUA